UUACUUCGCUCCACAAAAGGGAAUCCCCUUUUCAGCCAAUCAAAACAUUUACUUUGGAAAACACUUUUUCUAUCAAUGCUGGAAGUCCAUGAAUGCUUUACAGAAAAUUAGCAGCUGAUUCAGGAAGAUUGUAUUAUUAUAGUUUUGGAACAUUAUCAAUUUUUCGACAACAAAGCAAAACAAUGGCGGUAGCAGCCACUGAUAUCGCAUCACCUUCUGCGCACAAAAACCCGAAGUUUACAAAUAUUCCUGAUGUCAAAAUUGAUUCACAUGGAAAAUUUAAAUACAUUCUGAUAAAAGUGCACGACCCAGACAAAGACAGAGAAUUUAAACAUAUCGUCAGAGGUUCUGGUAAAGCUAAUUAUCACGCUGAUAUCUAUGAUGAUGUUGUGCCAGAAAUAGAAAAUGCAGGUUUGGACUGUGAGUGUAUGGGUGGAGGCAGAAUAGAACAUGAUUCGUCAAAGAAGAAACUGUCAAUAUAUGGCCAUUCUCAGGCAUAUGGACAAGCAGAUCACAAAAUAACUGGUGCCCUGUUAGACAAGAAAUACAAAUAUCAGAACAUUUCUAUCAGUUAUGAAGGAUACUAACAUUUUGAUGUGCAAUAGAAGACAUUUUACUUGUAUUUAUUUUGGUGCAUAUUUGUAGAUAUUAUUUAAAUAUAAGACUUGAAAAAGAAA